AACAUAAAAGCAAGAUCAUUUUGCCCUGCUGACUUCUAUAAGCUGUGUCAUUCUGUACUAUAUCUAUUCUACUGUCUGCACUACGUGUUUUUUUUAAACUUCGGUGUUUUUUUAAUCUGGUUUCCCCGCCAAGGUCUUCGUUUUGCAUCAACUACAGCCAGUCUCAAAACUGAGACUGAAGUGGACACAAGUGAAAAUGAGGUUGUUGCCCCAAACUUCACUAACAGAAAUCCUCGCAACUUGGAGCAGAUGGCCCUGGCUAGGAAGGAGCGUGGCUGGAAGACAACGUGGCCAAAACGUGAGUUCUGGCACAGAUUACGGCUUGAGCGGACACAGCAUUACGUAGAAGCCUUUGUCGAGCGCUCCAACGGGGAUGUUGUGGUAUCUGCCUCUACCCGAGAGUGGGCCAUAAAGAGACACUUGUACAGUCCCAAGGGAGUAGCCGCAUGCAAAAACCUUGGCCGCGUAAUGGCACAGCGCUGUUUGGAAGCAGGAAUCAACUUUGUGAACUUUAAAGCCAUUAUCCCCUGGGAACACCAUUGUGACUCGAUUCAGGAAUUUGAGAAAGCUAUGGAAGAAGGUGGUGUCAUUCUACAUGAGCCACGAAGAAUCUACCAGUAAAAUGAAGACUGUUGGGACGUCUUUUCAAGGAAUAAGGAUCACUUCUUCGGGUUUGUGUACUGGCAGAGGGAAGUUCCAGAGCUGGAAAAAGUUGGAAUGUGUCCUCCUAUAAUAAAAUAUUUUCAAAUGGA